AAGUACUAGAAUUGAAGAAAGAAUUGGAAUUUUUGCGAGGUCGGCAAAAAGAACUAAAGACAUAUAUUCACGGCCAAUUAUCUUUUCCAGAAGAAGUUGAUCCAGAAGAUUUAAUUCUUUGUAGCAGUAAUGAUAAUGUCAAAAAUAAUGAGGAGCAGAGCCUAAUUGAUGAUAAUUCAUAUGAACAAUAUCUCAA